AUGAGCAAACACCCAAUACAGAAUUAUCAAAUUUUAAAAGUCAUUGGCAAAGUAAGUUGAUUUAUGUCUAUAUUAAAGGGAGCAUUUGCUAUUGUCUAUUAGGCCUAGCAUAUAAAAACAAAAGAAAUUGUUGCUAUCAAAUAAAUCAAUAUAGAUAUGGAGGAAGGGCUCCACAAAUAGAAAAUGCUUGAAUUGUUCCAUUCAGAAAUUCAAAUAAUGAAAUCAAUAAGACACAAAAAUAUAGUUGAAUUGAAAGAAGUCUAACAAAGCCCAGAUUCCAUCAAUAUGAUAUUAGAAUACUGUGCUUAAGGAGACUUAGAAAAGUAUAUCAAAAAGAAUUCUCUCAAAAACAGAUUACCUGAAUCCGAAGCAAAACCAAUCAUACUUCAAUUAAUUGAUGCCAUGAAAAUGUUACGUUUAAAAAAUGUCGUUCAUCGCGAUCUCAAAUUAGCCAAUAUACUAAUAAACGAAUAGAUGUAAAUCAAACUAGGGGACUUUGGAUUUGCUAAGUCAUUAAUCAACACAGAACUCCUGGAAUCCUACUGUGGCACCCCUAUCACAAUGGCUCCUGAAAUACUAAAGUAUUUAAAUUCUAUUAAGCAUCAAUAGAAAGUCAAAUUCUUACGAUCAUAAAUGUGAUAUCUGGUCACUAGGAGUGAUGAUCUUUCAAAUUCUGUUUGGUUAACCUCCAUUCGUGCCAUAAAAAGGAACUGUGUAAGACUUACUCAUAGCAAUUUAAACUUGUAAAGUACUAAUAAUCUUUAAAAAUUCAGCUGUAAUUCCCAUAACACAUCUCAGUUUCUGCAGAAUGUAAGGAUAUUCUAAGGAAAAUGCUGGUAGAAGAUCCAAAAAAUAGAAUCAGUUUUGAGGAUUUAUUUAGACAUCCAUGGUGUUAUUUAGAAAAGAUUGAUCUUGAGUAGUCCUUCUUAAAGGUUAAUGUUCCUUAACAUUAAGAAUUUAUAGGCAAUCUCCAAUAUUCUAUGAAUUAAUACAAAUAACAAUUGAAUUAGAUUGCUCAAAUUAUUUCAUCAAUUGAAAAUAAAUACAAAGAUCUAACUUAAUUUUGUAUAAGAUUUAAGAAUGUUCUAAAUGGUGCUUUCACUAGUUUUUAUCUGAAAAUCUAAUACUCAAACUAAAAUGUCAUCAUAAAACUUCCUGAGAACUUUAAAUAUUUUAACUAUAGACAAGAAUUACUUUUGUUUUUAAUUAACAUCUAUGAGGUAGCACUACAGAAUGAUGUCAACAUUUCUGAAUUUCUAAAUUUGAACAUUUUUGAAUUCCAAAUUAGCAAUUAGUUUGAAGUUCGUUAUGAAGAGUAUUCAGUCAGUCUUUUGGAUGAACUCAAGAAUUUUAAAUAGGGCAAUGAAAAAAAUUGUUAGAUGUUGCAAUUUUUGGAUGAUAAUGAAAAUAAAAAUAAGGUUAUAAAUUCUGAUUUGUGGAUCCUAAAAGAAUGCAUAAGCGAAAGAUAUAAAAAUUGA